CGCAAUAUGGACUUUUGGGAUAAGCCUUGCUACAGCGUUACGAAAACCAUAUCGAGUUUGAUGGGAUUGUGGCCUUAUCAGAGUAAGAAAGAGCUUAUUAUCCAUCGAACCAUCAUCUUCUUCUUGUUUAUCAUCCAAGUUAUACCUGAGAUUUUGGCUGUUUGCCAUAACUCUGCCGACUUCAACAUCAUCAUGGACUCAGUGGGAACAUUUAUAAUGGACGCUGGUUUUUUGAUAAAUGCAUCUACUUACUUCUGGAAUUUCAAAAAGAUGCGAAUACUUCUAGAUGAUAUUCAAGAGAAUUGGAAGAUAUUCCCGGAGAAAAGAGGGCGUCAUAUAUUGGACAAAUAUGCUAAAGAUGGGGGGAAAUUGGCAAUUGUUUAUGCAGUGGGCAUUUGUGGCUCUGGAAUUUUUUUCACAACUGAACCAUUGCAGUGGAGAUUACUCAACUCAGUAUUUGCUACUAAUUUCAAUGUGCCAUUAUUUUGUACUCCAAUGGAAUAUCCGAUUAUUGAUGUCGAGAAAUAUUACUAUGGUCUUUUAUUCAUACAAGAGAUCUCUGUUGCUGUCGUCAUCAGCAUGGUGGUUGUUUAUGAUUUAUUAUUCUUUAUCUACUCUCAACAUGCCUGUGGAUUAUUUGCAGCGCUUGGAUAUGCAAUUGAGAAUUUACCAGUUGGAAGACAUUCUGAAUCACACAACAGGGGAUUUCGAUAUGUCAAACGUUGCAUUCAAAUACAUAAUCGUGCAAUAAGAUUUUCGAAUUUACUCGAAGAUAUUGUCGUCUGGAAUUUCUUCCUCAUGAUGGGACUAAAUAUGAUAAUCAUGAGUUUAACAGCUGUUCAGGUGGUGAGUAACAUGGACGCCAUAGGAAGACUCUUGAAGAAUUGUGUCUUUGUAGCUUCUCAAUUGGUUCAUCUCUUUAUAACUUGUUUCAUGUGUCAACGAAUCAUGGAUCACAGUUCAGACCUGCAAAAAAAAAUAGCGAAUUCCCGCUGGUGUUUCACAACAGUAAAAACUCAGCAGAUGAUUAAACUGAUGAUUCUGAGAAGCCAAAUUCCCAGUCAACUGACAGCUGGAAAAAUUAUGGUGAUGUCUUUGGAGACAUUUACCGUGAUAGUGAAGACCUCGGCGUCUUACUUCACAGAAAUGGAGUUCUGGAAUCGGCAGUACUACAGCUGUUUAAAAUUUCUAUCAUGUCUACUGGGACUCUGGCCUUAUCAGUCCCCAAAGGAAAUUCUAAUUCAUCGAACCAUUGCUAUUAUUUUAUUUGUCGUUCAAAUUACACCUCAGAUGAGAAUAAUGCUGGAUAGAAUUCGAGAGGACUGGAACAUAUUCCUGGCAGACAAGGGAUUGAAAAUUCUUGAGAGAUAUGCCAGACAGGGGCAAAAAUUUUCGUUGUUAUACGCAGGCAGUUUGUACAUAUCUGGUAUAUUCACAACGUUGAAACCGCUACAAUUGAGACUCAUGAAUAUUCUAAUGAAAUCCAACAGCAGUGUUCCAAAAUUCUUCAUGCCAAUGGAUUAUCCAUUGUUCAAUGUCGACAGAUAUUAUUACGCUCUCUUCUGUCUCAGCGAAUUGUGCGUUACUAUCAUCAUAGUAAUGGUUCUCGCCUACGAUUUAUUUUUCUUCCUCUGUGCCCAGCACAUUUGUGGAUUAUUUGCUGCUCUGGGUGCUGCUAUCGAAAAAGCCUCGACGAAACCUCAUCUCAAUGAUGAAAUAUACAAUUAUUUCAAGAGCUGCGUCCUAAUUCACAGACGGACAAUUGAAUUCGCCCAACUACUCGACGAAAUUCUUCGUUGGAAUACUUUUAUCUUGUUGGGAUUGACAAUGAUUGAUAUGAGUAUGAUCGAAUUACAGGUGAAAUAUGUCGAGUUUAAAUAUCUUUGCAAAAAGCUAGUUCUUCAUUUGGACGAUAUUGGAGAAGUUUUGAAGAACCUAGUCUUUAUCGCAUCUGUAAUGACACGUUUGUUCAUUGUAUGUUUUGUCGCCCAGCGCGUGACAGAUCAUAGCUGUGAUUUUCAGAAGAAUGUAAUGAAUUCAAGGUGGAGCGAUGCCGAAAUAAAAUCGCAAAAAUUGAUUAAAUUUGUCUUAAUGAGAAGUCAAAUUCCAUGUCGGCUGACGGCUGGUAAACUCCUAGUUAUGUCAUUGGAAUUAUUUACUCUCAUUGUCAAGACAUCCGGUUCAUAUUUCACAAUGCUGCUGGCCAUGCAAUGAAACUUCAAUUUUCCAAAUGAAUUUUCCUCAUUAGCCGGCAAAAAUGCCUCAAAAUAUUUUUUUCAAUAUCGUAAUGCAUUAAAUAGUAUUGCAGUAAAAUAAAUAGAGCAAUUCUAGCUACGAGAUAAUCUCGGGAGUUGUUGCACAAUUACACAUCAACAGUGAGGCAGAUAAGGUACUAAAGUGAGGAUAAGGGAAGUUUCUUUUCAGUAAUUGCACUUAUUUGCAUCAAUGAUGGAAAUUGACGCCAUUGUACACCUGCAAUGGUACAACCCUUUUACCUCCUUUUCCAGGAAAAUUGCCCUGGGCAAUUUACCUGACAUAUGACGACUUGAUUGUUUCUCUGGACGAAUAUUCCCUCUAGUUUUAUUACCGAGGGGUAGGGAGUCUACGUGCAGUACGAAUACUCGAGGCAAACGUUAUUCAUUGUGGGGUGAUAUUGUCAGGAGCUACCAAUAAAAAAAAAAAAUCUCACAUGUAAUACACCAAGAGUAUUUCAUUUAUUUCUAUUGAAGCCUCUGGAGAAUACCCAAAUAAUUCUGGAAUUGGAACUUGUGGUAUUCGGGGAUUAUUUUCCAUUCAAAUUCAAUUCAAUUCGGCCAAUAGAAUAAGAAAAAUUUUGCAA